CAUCUAUACCUCAGCCCAGCAAUGUUGACCCCAAAAUUAUUCUAAUCUCCAAUGCUUGGACUAUGGUAUGGCUUCUCUCAGUAGUUCUUUACAGUUCUUUGGUCACAGCUAAACGAACUCCGCCACUUGCAGCAAGGAUUUAAAUUUCCGCCCUGAAUAUUCAAGAUCUAUAAGCAGCCAUCGGUAAAAUACAAGAAGAUGGCAGUAGUAGUAGAUGCUAUGCUUGAAAGCCUGACACAACAAGUGUUCACAGCUCUGCGAGAACAUGCUAGAUUUGCACUUGACUUCAAAGAUCAGUUUGAAUUGAUGAAGACCAGGCUAGACCUUACAAAGGCCCUGCUUGCUGACACAGAGAACCUCAAGGAAAAGAAGAAAGUUGUCAAGGCCAUUUUGAUUAGCUUGAGAGACCUAAUUUACGAAGCUGACAACAUAAUGACAGAUUGCCUUGUUAGAGAUGAAUAUCAGAAAGAAGCAUCCUGCACCAGUUUGACACUUAAGAAGCCACUGUUCUGGUAUCAAACAGGCAAGAAGUUGAAGGUCGUUAAUGCAAAACUGGGGGAGAUGGAGAAGUCACUAGGCGAGCAUUUAAAAUACCAGGACCAGAGCGACCAUGGAGAUAACACAGCCCAGAGUAUGAAAUACACAGCACAGGACUAUGUUCCGUCUGAGAUAAUUGGACUAGAAGAGGAUCUGAAAAGGUUAAAAGGCUGGAUUGGUGACACAAAAGAAGAACUUCUCCUAGUCGGCAUCGUCGGGAUGGGAGGCUUGGGUAAAACCACCUUUGCCCAGAAAAUUUUUAAUGAUCAACAUGUAGCUGGUCGUUAUGAUAACAUGAUUUGGGUGUCGGUUUCUCAAGUUUCAAGUGACAUGAGGAUCAUGAGGAGCAUGCUGGAACAAUUAGAAUCGCAUUGCUCUGUGUCUGAUGAAGCUCAAAUGUUGCACAAACUCAAUGAACUACUUAAAGGCAAGACAUGCCUCAUUGUUAUGGAUGAUGUAUGGAAGAUUAAUCUAGGAUGGUGGAAUCAAUUUUUCUCAGGGUUGCAGAGUGCAGUUGGAGUAAGCAGCUGCAUCAUAAUCACAACUCGAAACGAAGAAGUCUUAACUAGCAUGGGAGUUGACAAGUCACGGGUUCAUCGGCCAAAAUUGCUAACAGCCAAUGAUAGCUGGUUGCUGUUCAGCAAAUCUGCGUUUUCCAGGUGCAGGGAUAGAAAAUGCCCAGAUGCUCAAUUCGAAAGAGUUGGUAAAGAACUCUUGGAGAAAUGCGGGGGACUUCCACUGGCAAUCAAGGCAGUAGCAGCACUUUUGGCUCCAAGAUCAAAUUCAGUUCUCCAAUGGAAUGAAAUCAAUGAAAAUUUUCAUGAACUGACUGCCGGAAGAAAUUUUAACUCAGUGAUGGCGUCUCUUCAACUGAGCUAUGAUGAACUUCCAAUACAUUUAAAACAAUGUCUAUUGUGUUUCUCCGUUUAUCCUGAAGACUCCGAGAUACAAGCAGAGCAACUGAUCCAUUGGUGGGUUGCAGAGGGGCUAAUCCAGGGCAAGGGCUCGAAAACCGCAAAAGAAUUGGGUUUUCGUUACCUCUCUGAACUAGUCACUAGGUGCUUGGUUGAAGCUGUGAAUAGACGAGGAUAUGAUGGAAGAGUCUACUGUUGCAAGAUGCAUGACAUGGUGAGGGAACUGACCACUAGAAUAGCAGAGGAGGAGUCAUUUGGCAAAUUUGAUGAACAGGGCAAGCAGGAAAUAACUGCAAAUUCUCGUUGGUUGGGUUUUACAAGUGAAAUGAACCCAGAACCAUUGAAGAGAAGUUCAAAGCUCAGAGCCUUGCUGAUAAUGUCAACUGAUGAUCAAGUUGUGUUUGGUAGGCAUUUUGGGUUGCUUGGUUCUCUCAGAGUGUUGGAUUUCUCCCUGACUAAGUUGGAGAAGAUUUCUACAGAGGAACUCGUGGAAUGGAUUUCCUCUCUUAAACGCUUGGCAUAUUUGAAUCUAAGUGGUAUUGUAGGCCUUAAAGAAGUACCAUAUUCGUUCAGAAAGCUCCGCAACCUUCAGUUUUUGGUUUUUGCUGGACGCAAUGACCUAGGCAAAAUAGAUCAAAUCACUUCUUUGAAAAAGUUGGUGGUCUUGGAUUUAGGAUCUUGUUUCCAUUACCUACCUUCAGGAAUAGAAAGGCUCUCCUAUCUUCAAGAACUGUCUGGAUUCAAAGUGGCAUCCAAUAGCAGAUCAGCAGCAAGUUGCAAGUUUUGUGAUCUUGAAAAACUUGUCCACCUAAGAGUGCUGAGAAUGAGUAUCGGCAAGGACAGUGAAAUUACAGAAAAUGAAAGGGAGGUACUCUUGAAGCUCAAGAAGCUUAAGGUACUAGCCAUUGAUGCCCAAGAUUGUGAAGACAACAUUAUCUCUACGAUGCUUAACAUCCUUUCACCUCCUCCAAGUCUCCAAGAGUUGUAUCUCAGGCGUUAUCACCAAGGUACUCUUCCUACAUGGAUCAAUCCUGAGAGGCUUUCUAAAUUGCAAUACAUUUGUAUUGAGAACGGAGAAAUCAUUGACUUCCAAACAAGUCCUCUGUCUGUGGAUGGAAGAGAUUUUCCUUGGAACAUUGAAGGUCUAUGUUUUAAGGUCCUGCGAAAUUUAAAGCUGGACUGGAAAAACGUGGAAAAGGAUAUGCCUUCGUUACAAUAUGCAGAGGUUAGUGGUUGUCUGAAUUUGAUAAAUUUUCCACAUCCUCUCGACAAGCUGGCUACAUGGAGGAAGAGUGAAGAUUGAAGAUUGAAGAGUUGGGAAUAGGAAAAAAAAACAAAGGAUCAUCUUCUCUACAAAGCUUUUGAGGAUGUGGAAAAUGCACCGGUGUGGCAAGAACUCUGUGUGCUGGCUUGUUUGUUUGUUUAUUCAGUUUGGUUGUGAUAUGUAUUCAGCAUCAUAAAGACUAAGUGUUUGUUUUAAGAAAAUCCUGUGUUUUGUUGUAGAAUUUCAAUAACAUCAUAAUGGAAUGAGUAUUUUUAUUA